UUAAUAUGAAGUUAAUUAAUUUAUCUUCUUGCAUGAAAAGCUUAGACUCCCUUUAAUUCUCCAUUAAUGUCUCAUGAGUUCAUCGUGUCAAGCAUGUUACAUUUACAAUAAUUAACUUUUGUUUUUUUAUUGCACGUCCUCUAAGCGAUUGAUACAAACGAAAGAUGCUUAAUAUGAGGCUAAUCAAUUUAUUUUAUUGGAUGAAAAGCUUAACUCCUUUUAAUUAUGCGUUCAUCAUGAGAAACAUGUUUCAGAAGUUUGCGUCCAGAGAUAUAUGGUAUUCGAAAUAAUUCAGUUUGUAUUCAGUUUGUUUGACAUUUACAGACAUAAACAGAGGAACAUAAAGCACCAAUGUCUCUUUGUUAAGAGACUCGAUCGUCAAUGAAACAAUCUUGAUGAUCACUAUAAUUAAUGCCGAUUAACUUUGUUUUUACUAAACAGAUGAUCAAAUACUGGAUGCAUUGAUAUUGGUACAUAAUGUAACAACACAUUAAACCGUUGAUAUUACAGUCUUUUUUUUUAAAAGAACAGAACCGAAAACCCGAAUCGAAACCAAACAGAAAUAACCGAAACGGCUAAACCAAAACCGGACGGAAACCUUCAACUACCCAGACCAACCGGAACCCAAAACUACUUGAACCGAUCUGAACCAAAAUUUGUAUGAUACAAAAUGAAUCCUCUAACCUCCUAUCCGAACUAUCCGACGAGAACCAAAUAUCCGAACGAUAUCCGAAAUGCCUACCCGCAGCGCCCACUUGUUUUGGACAUAUUUUUUCUUCCAAAUCAGCCCUACUAAGAUUUACUUGAGCCUCGCCCUCGGGAUGGCCCAAUUUGACAUCACUAGGCCCAAUGAUUGGUCUUGAGCAGUUGAGUGUAGGCAUGCCUUGAAUCUUUUGGCCGCCGGAGAUGAUCGCCGCCGUCAGAGCAGCGAUUCUCAAGCCACAAGGCUAUUCUUCUAACGUCAAAACUGCCUUGUUGUUCCAUUCUACUCCCAUCCUACAACGCAAACAUAAAUCCAACUCAGAAACACGAAACAAAAAGUUGUCAAGAAGUAGGGCAAAGCAAGACUUGCGUCGUAACGUGAAUGCUUUUGCAGAACACUUGUUUGGGAUGUGGAGUGAUGGGUUUGAUUACUCUGAUAAGCGCACCUCGUGGUUCGAGAAACAGUACUUCAGGGUUUGCAAAAGAAACCGGACUGGUAGUAGAUACAUUCAUCAACGUUUGGAUAAAAGUUGUUUUGAUUUCAGUGGAGUUGAUGAUGAGUGUGAAAUUGAAUACUUUCUAAGGAGUGCAUUGGGUGCAUCCUAUAAAGAGAGGAAAUCUCGAUGGAGAGCUUGUCAUUUCUAUGGCUCAAACAGACAAGAAGAGGGUGAAGCUCACUCGUGGAGGUAUUCUAACAACAACAACAACCGUGGAGGAUCCAGCUGGAGACAACGAGUAGAUCAAGAAGAAGAAAAGGAAGAAGAAGAAGACAAACAAUCUUCAACGGAAGUCAACGACUUAGAUUCGAGCGAGCAGUCUCAUAGAAAAACACUUGGUCUUAGUUCCUCAGGUCCCUUAACCCUUGGAGAUGUCAAAAACGCAUACCGAGUUUGUGCAUUAAAGUGGCAUCCAGAUCUUCACCACGACUCUACCAAGGAUGCAGCUGAGGAAAAAUUCAAGCUAUGCAGUGUAGCGUAUGAAUCGUUAUGCGAAAAGUUUGCCAUGAAGUAAUAAGAUUCGAGUUUGGAUGGACACCGUGAUAAGAGUUGAAUAGGUGCUAAAGAUUACGAGAGAGAUCAAUUUAAAAGAAAAAAAGAUUACGGAGAGCUGUUUUUCUUUACAGUUUUGGUACGUUCUUACUUAUUAACUAGCUUCUUUGGAGUUGCUAUAGAUUAAAGAGUUGAUUAAGAUAGAAUAAUAGAUAGAAGAGGGUAUGUUCUUCUUUACUGGUAAAUUAUCAGAUUUAAUGGAGCUGAUUGAUGUAUCAAAAUAGUAGAAAUCAAUGUUCAAAAAAUCUUUAGACCUUGGUUAAAUGCAUUAUAGAGAAUUAGGUGGACAUAUCGAUUUUUUGGAUGUGUAGUGUAACACCCCAAAACCCAAGUCCAAAAACUUUUUGUGGACAGGCCCGUUCUGCGGCCCAUUUGGAUUAAAAACCCUAGGGUUCCUUGCUUCCCCUAUAAAAGCAAGCCUCCCCCUUAGCCUUCCAUCACAAAUUUAGAAGCGAAGCCCUGCAGAGAAGUCCCGGAGAUCAGAAACCCUAGCCGUCGUCUCCUUCCUUCUCUCUCCCUGCGCCGCCUCUCCUCUCUUUCUCUCUCUUCGCCGCGGCUCUUCUCUCUCUCUCCUCGCCGCGCCUCUUUCUCUCUCUCGGACGACUCUCUCUCUCCUCGCCGUGAGCAGCCGCGAGUGGUGGUGGUAACCGUGUGGCGUCGUCGAUCUCAGAUCUCACCUCUCUUGCAUCUCAGAUCCAUCCAGAUCUAGGCUAAGGUGAGGUGUUCUACCCAGAUCUGUUCUAUGUUCUUUUAUAUUGUUGAAUGGGUUGCUAGGAUUGAUUAGAUCCUGUUUGUUGUUAGGUUGAUAGAUCAUAUUGCAUUAGAACUCUCGUACUGAUUUAAGAUUCUAAAUAAACUGGUGUGUUGAUGAUUGAUUGAUUGUUUGAUUGGUUGAAGACCUGUGGUCGUGAUUGAGAGCUAGGAUGGUUAUAAAAAAAUGAACGUAGGAUCUUAAGAGAACGGUUAACCGGUCUGUUAGAUGAAUGAUAGAAAAUCUAUGAAUGAUUGUUGAAUGGAUUGAGUGUGACACCGAGAACGGGUGGCGUCUAAAAAGGAAAGUAAGAAAGAGUCUAAGGGUUUAAGGAAAAGGAAAUGAUAAGGAAAAAGGAAAGGUUAAAUGAUUGAAAUACGAACCACCGAGGAACGGGUGGGGAGUAUGGGAAAUGAAUAGAAAUGGAAUACGAACCACCGAGGGACUGGUGGGGAGUAUGGGAAAACGCGGCGGCCGUAGCGUUCAAAAACGGCAAGUAAGAAUAGAGGCGCCGGUAAGAUUGAGUCACGCCGAGUCUUGGUGGGAAGGGGUCGUAAUACACUGCAAGGGGUAUGGACUACAUCCAAGGGAACCGGAUGCCGGGUGUACCAGGGCAGGCGACCUCACAGGAACGCAGCAAGAAAGGGGAGGGUUGGUCCGCUUGAGCUGUGUAGGUCCUAGAGUUAUAGGAUGAAUGGAGUCUUAAAUAAUAAACCGAAUUGUGUGAAUUGAGCGAUGACUGAGUUCAUUGCAC